AAGGGAGUCGCAGCGUCGGUGGCGCUAACGAGACUGUCAAGCUCGGCCUCGGGGAUGCCACAUAGGUUCAUACGCCGGCUAUGCACAAGUCUCGUCGCUCCAAGGAUGGAUUAUGGCCUCGGGGUGUGGUACAAUCCGGUACGGGUGGGUGAAAGCCGGAGAAAGGGCUCGGUUGGGUUUGCUACAAAACUUGCAAAACCGCAAAGACUGGCGUGUCGGGUAGCGGUGGGCGGGCUGAGGUCGACAGCGACUGAGGCUUUGGACAUACACGCUAACUUGCUCCCA